AUGUCUCUCAGCAGCAGCUCGGCAGCAGGCGGCCCCCCCUGGAGGAACAACAGCUUCAUCCUGGGGGGGGGCAGAGACCCUCCUCUGUCUGACCAGGGAGAGACCAUCAUCGGAGUCUACCUGCUGCUGCUGGGUUGGCUGUCCUGGUUUGGAAACAGCAUCGUCCUGUUCGUCCUGUACAGACAGAGAGCCACGCUGCAGCCCACAGACUACCUGACCUUUAACCUGGCCGUCUCUGACGCCAGCAUAUCCGUGUUUGGAUAUUCCAGAGGCAUCAUUGAGAUCUUCAACGUGUUCCAGGACAGCGGCUACCUCAUCUCCUCCAUCUGGACCUGCCAGGUGGACGGUUUCUUCACUUUGGUGUUCGGCCUGAGCAGCAUCAACACUCUGACGGUGAUCAGCAUCACCCGCUACAUCAAAGGAUGUCACCCGAGCCGAGCUCGUCACAUCAGCAGGACCAGUGUGUCCAUGUGUCUGCUGCUGAUCUGGAUCACAGCUGGAUUCUGGUCUGGAGCUCCACUGCUUGGCUGGGGCAGUUACACAGAUCGUGGGUAUGGGACCUGUGAGAUCGACUGGGCCAAAGCGAACUACUCCAGCUUCUACAGGUCCUACAUCAUCUCCAUCUUCAUCUUCUGCUUCUUCAUUCCCGUGCUCAUCAUGCUCUUCUGCUACGUGUCCAUCAUCAACACGGUGAAGAGAGGCAACGCUCUGUCAGCGGAGGGAGACCUGACCGACCGCCAGAGGAAGAUCGAGAGAGACGUCACCAUAGUUUCCAUAGUGAUCUGCACGGCCUUCAUCCUGGCCUGGUCUCCAUAUGCCGUGGUGUCCAUGUGGUCCGCCUGGGGCUUCCAUGUGCCAAAUCUCACCAGCAUCUUCACCCGCCUCUUUGCCAAGUCCGCCAGUUUCUACAACCCCCUCAUCUACUUUGGACUCAGCUCCAAGUUCCGUAAAGACGUCUCCGUCCUGCUGCCAUGUGCCCGUGACACCAAAGACACAGUCAAACUGAAGCGCUUUAAGCCAAAGGCGGACGUCCACGGCCGCCCUGCCGCAGGAGGAGGAGGCAGACUCAAAGUUCCUCUGAACCCGACAGAGAAGAAGUACUCGCCCGGGACUCAGCCCAGGCCGGCCCCUGGCCUGGACUCUGGGGUGGGAAGUCCGCCCUGCACGCCACCGCCCAUCAACAAGGAGGUGUUCUACAUUGACAUGUCCCGGCCUUCUGAGACCGGCUCUGAGUUUGAAUGUGAAAGACUCUGA